GUGCAUGCAAGGCUUGCGUAUUCGCCAGUCGCCUGAAAGCUCGCUAAGGGGUGGUGGCUGUGCUCCACGAAGCCUUGUCCAAGCCCAGAAGCAGGACAAGCACGCUUUCGCGGUGAUCUUGCUUUGAACUCUCUUCUGCUUCUGCUUUCUGGCGACAUACGAUCUAAAACUGCCCACCUCAUCACUUUUUCGUGCGCGCAGUGUGAAGUCAGAAACCGCGAUGGAUGGGGUAGCGAGCGUCCUGACUUUCCUCGACGCCGUUCGCAAGGGUGUAAAGCUUGCGAAGAAGGUCUACGAUGCUCCACGAGAACUGGAGGAGCUUCAGGUGGAAGUUGAAACGUUCACAAGUGUACUGCACGAUGUAUCGGGAGAUGCUUGCGAGUUGCGGCGAGCAAGUCGCUCCUUCGAUACGUCUCUAAGCAUGACACAAGCUUGCCUAGUCAGCAUACAGCAGCUUAUCGAGUACCAGCUCGUCAAGGAAGUUCCGGAAGGAAAAAAGACGAGACGUACCGCAUGGCUCCGUGAAGUCGGGCACGUACACCAGCUUCUUCAAAAGCUCAGUGAGUGCCGAGCUGGUGUCGUCCUGGCUCUGAGCUGCGAGUCUGCCGUCACGGUCCGAAGAUCUGAGACCACGAUUCGAGAAUUGCAGCGAAUCGUCCACGAGAAGAGCGCAGAUCUCAGUCGCACUCUUCUCGAGUCGCGAGACGAGUCUCAUCAGGCAAAUAACCAGCUCAUAAAGCGACUUGAUGCUGCGUUCGAGCAAAGUUGGGAAAUACACAGAGCUUCGCUUGAAGCAACAAAGACCCAAUUUGAGCAGCUGGAAACGAAACUUGCUCGACUGUUAAGCUACGGGCAUGGUUCCACCCUCCUCCCUGCUGUGGGCCAGGAGCGCAUUGAAUGGUCCGCGACUGACACCUCGCUUGGAAGUUACACUGCUCUUGGAGCUCGAGAAUUUACGCACAUCAGGAGGAACACUGGUUGCAGUGGGAUGGUUAGCCACUCUAUCGAACGUAGUCCUGUGGGCACCGUGAAUGAAGGGCACAGUUUACCUCGGGAUAGCUUCCCGUGUGCAGCCGUCCUGCGGGUACUUGACGCCUGCGCUGCUGGACAUCUCGGUUGCUCGUCGGCAGUGGAUGAAGUUAAGACGGAAUUGCCCACACGAGUCGUCGAAGUUGGUGUCGAGGGCGACGAAGUACGAUGUCCAAGACUGGGAAGCAGAGUCAGGGCAGAUGCACCUUGUAUAUGGGCAAGCAGCCCUCAACGUUUCAGCUGGCUCGUCUCCAGAUCCGACUUCUGGACUACUCCGGGGCGCUGGUAUGCCACAAUCCGUGGGUGAUCCGAUCAAGAGCGAGGAAGCUGACGGUGAUACAGUUUGGCGCGAAUCGAAAAGUGCGGAGCAUGCUUUGGUCAGGGUGAUAAUGGCAUCUCACAUUAACACUCGAGGGUGGAUUAUGCAAGAAACUUUACUGUCCAGGCAUACUCUUCAUUUCACGCGCCGAGGAGUCAUUUUCGAGUGUCGAGAGGGUAUCUGCCAGCUUCCGAAGCAGGUACUGCCUGGCCACUUGAACUUCCUGCCACACUCGCGGAAGGCAUUACGGCGG